UCCCUGGGGAAACUCGUCUCUCUGUGUUUGAUCUCUGCGUUAGGCUGCUUGGCUCUGAAACAUGAGGAUCCACACCAGGCAGUGUUCCUAGCAGGUCCUAUGACCAGUGAGGAAGUGGAAGGUCUAAGUGGAAACCCCUCAGAGUGGGCUUUGUUGGACACAUUUGACUGCAGUCAUGCUCUGCCUCCUGAAUCUCAACAGUACUUUGAGUACCUGCAGAGCAGAGGGGUGACUCACUUCAAAGUACCUCUGUCAUGGACUCAGAUCCUUCCUACAGGUCUGUCCAGCCAGUCCCAGAAUGCUGUGGUCUCCUGUUAUCAGACUCUGCUCAAACAGCUGCGGGAUGUGGGUUUGGAGCCUCUGGUCGUCCUUCAUGAAGCUGCUGUGCCUGAAGCUUUGAGAUCCAAGUAUGGAGGCUGGGAGAGUGAGCAAGUGCAGGGGAUGUUUCAGCAUUAUGCAGAGUUUGUGUUUGGACAGUUUGGAGAGUUGGCACACUACUGGGUGACUCUGAGCAGCCUGGAUGAGCUGAGGGAUGCCGAGCUGCAAAACGCUCUCGAUGCACACAACAGGGUUUACCAGAGCUAUCAUCAGCUGUUUCCUGGGAGAGGUGGAGGAGUAUCAGUGGGACUGAAGGCCAGCAAAGUACCAAUCAUCUGUGGUACUCAACAGCUGAAAUAUUCAGAUUUCAUCUCCAUUAAGAUUCGGUACGACUGCAGCGCUGGAAAAGAGCUGGCUGAGGAACUACAACAUGUAUUGGCCAAGUGUCAAGAAAAACCUGUUCUUUUCUAUGAGGUGAACAUCGACAACUGCUCUCCUUAUCAAUUCCUGUCAGAUACAAACAUGGUGAAAGUGCUGACUGAUGGACCCCAAAAUAUUCUUGGAUUUGACAUGGUGGAUUUGCUACGCCCUGCUGAUGCUAUCCAGAAGAGUCAUUCCAGUCAAGGUGACCAAAACAAAGUCACAGGCGUACCUGAAACUUCAUCCUGUUCCACCUAUUGCAAGACGUGGAGUAACUUCGCCACCAUGACCUCAUCUGAGCGAGAUGCCUUCCUGAAUGAAUCCUUUCCAGAUGGCUUCCAAUGGGCGACGUCCAGCGAGUCCUUCAAAGUCGAAGGUGGUUGGACUGAAAAUGGGAAAGGAGAAACCAUUUGGGACCGUUUCGGUCAUGAAAACAUGGUUUAUGAGAAUCAGACUGCUGAUCUAGCCUGUGACAGUUAUAAUAAGGUGGACUAUGAUGUCUACCUCCUGCGGGGUCUUCAUGUCAACACGUACCAGUUUUCCAUCUCCUGGGCCCGAAUCUUUCCCUCAGGCUACCCCCAGAGCCAAUCAGAGGAAGGGACUUUCUACUAUGAUAAGCUGAUAAAUGCUCUGAUUGAGUCUGGCAUCCAGCCUGUCGUCACUCUCUACCACUGGGAUCUGCCCCAAGCACUUCAGGACAACGGUGGAUGGACUAAUACAUCCAUCGUUGAUGCCUUUAAGGACUAUGCAGACUUCUGCUUCUCCAGGUUUGGAGACAGGGUCAAGACCUGGAACACAUUCAGUAGCCCAUGGGUGGUGAGCCAUGCUGGGUAUGGCACUGGUGAGCAUGCUCCUGGGGUUAAAGACUAUGUGGUUGCUUCCUAUCAGGUCACACACAAUAUACUUAAGUCUCACGCAGAGGCCUGGCAUGUCUACAAUGACAAAUACAGAUUUGCACAAGAAGGCAAAAUAGGCAUUGCUCUGAACUCUGACUGGGCAGAGCCCAAAGACCCUUCCAAACCUGAAGAUGAACUAGCAGCAGACCGCUACCUCCAGUUCAUGCUGGGCUGGUUUGCACAUCCCAUAUUUGUUAAUGGAGAUUAUCCGGAAACCCUCAAGACUCAGAUUGAGCAGAAAAGAAAUGAGUGCCCUUCAUCAGAGCCUGCAAGACUUCCUGCUUUCACAGCUGAAGAGAGCAGGAGAAUAAAUGGAACAGCUGACUUUUUUGGAUUGAACCACUACACGUCCCGGCUGGUCAACAACAGUGUUGGCGGCUGUACCCCAGGUCCUCAAGGGGUGGGUGACUUCCAGGCUCAUGUGGAUCCCUCAUGGACCUCAACAGCUUCUGAUUGGAUCUAUUCUGCACCUUGGGGACUCCGACAACUACUAAACUAUAUUUCUGAAGAGUACUUAAAUGCGACCCAAGUGCCCAUCCACAUAACCGGGAAUGGAAUGCCUUCUGAGUACACUGGGGAAACUCUCAAUGACGUCCAUCGAGUCGAGUACCUAAAGAGUUACAUCAAUGAGGCUCUGAAAGCAAUACAUUUGGAUGGUGUAAAUGUGCAGCGGUUUACUGUCCAGUCGCUCAUGGAUGGCUUCGAAGGCCCACAAGGCUACAGUGAACGUUUUGGACUGCAUCACGUUGACUUUGACCUGCCUGACAGACCAAGAACACCAAAGCAGUCUGCCUACUUCUACUCCAGUGUCAUUGAGAAAAAUGGUUUUGCCUCAAGAAAGCAGUUUCUCUCUGCACCAGAGCUGAAGAAUGUAAAGACAAACAAAGUUACCUCAAUGCCACCUUCAACUGUCCCAUCCCAAGCCAAAACUGUUUGGGGUAAAUUUUCAAGCCAAACCAAUUUUCAAAGAAAACUCUACCACUAUGGCACUUUCCCUGACGGCUUCAGCUGGGGAGUAUCAUCUUCAGCUUACCAGGUAGAAGGGGGAUGGAACGCUGAUGGGAAAGGGCCAAGCAUCUGGGAUACAUUCACUCAAACACCUGGAAGCAUUCCUGACAAUGCUAAUGGCAAUGUGGCCUGUGACAGCUACAACAGACUUGAUGAAGAUCUCUACAUGCUUCGAGCUCUGCAGGUGAAGUCCUACAGAUUCUCCGUGUCUUGGUCCAGAAUCUUCCCCGAUGGUCGACGUACAUCCCUGAACCAGAAAGGUGUUGAAUACUACAACAGACUCAUAGACGGCCUCUUAGCAAACAACAUCACUCCAAUGGUGACACUCUACCACUGGGACCUUCCUCAAGCUCUGCAAGAUGUUGGUGGCUGGGAGAGUGAAGACAUGAUUGACAUUUUUAAUGACUUUUGUGACUUUUGCUUCGCCACCUUUGGAGACAGGGUGAAAUUCUGGAUGACGUUCAACCAGCCGCAAACAAUUGCAUGGAGAGGAUAUGGACUUGAGGAUAUGCCCCCAAAUGUUGAGAAUCCAGGAAUUGCUCCCUACAGAGUUGCACACAACCUCAUAAAGGCACACGCCAAGGCUUAUCACACAUAUGAUGACACAUAUCGCAAAUCCCAAGGUGGUCUUGUAUCAAUUGCCCUCAAUGCUGACUGGGUUGAACCGAUAGAUGUUCAUGUCCCACGUGAAGUGGUGGCCGCUGACCGUGCUCUGCAGUUCCAACUGGGUUGGUUUGCACACCCCAUUUUCAAGAAUGGUGACUAUCCUGAUGCAAUGAAGUGGCAAGUUGGAAACAAAAGUGAACUCCAAGAUCUCUCAGAGACAAGACUGCCGACCUUCACAGAAGCAGAAAAGACUUUCAUCAUGGGAACAGCUGAUGUGUUCUGUGUUAAUCACUAUACUACAAAGAUUGUAAGCCAUUCAACAGCUAGGCUUUCCCCUCAGUCCUAUCAAUAUGACAAGGACUUGACAGAAGCAGAGGAAGGGGAUUCACCGACUACUGCAAUUAGCCAACAGAGAGCUGUAGCAUGGGGCUUGAGGAGACUUCUAAACUGGAUCAAGGAAGAGUAUGGAGAUCCUGAGAUCUACAUCACUGAGAAUGGAGUCGCCACACACCCUGUGCCUACAGUUGAUGAUACAGAUAGGGUUGAUUUUUAUAAAACCUAUGUUGAUGAGGCUUUAAAAGCCCAUAACCUUGAUGGUGUAAAGCUGAGAGGAUACAUAACAACAUCCCUCAUGGAUUCCUUUGAGUGGCUCCAUGGAUACACUGUUGGAUUUGGGUUGCACCACGUUGACUUUACGAACCCAAACCGGCCAAGGACACCCAAACGCUCUGCUCACUUGUACAACCAAAUUAUAAAAAACAAUGGCUUCCCCAUACCAGAUGAUGAGAGGAUGCUUUAUGAAGAGUUUCCUAAUCAUUUUAACUGGAGCACUGCCAGUGCCGCUCACCAGAUUGAAGGGAGCUGGAGAGCAGAAGGAAAAGGACUGAGUAUCUGGGAUAAGUUUGCUCAUACACCACUAAGAGUAGCCAACAGUGACAAUGCUGACAUUGCCUGUGACAGUUACAACAAGAUUGAUGAGGAUGUGGCAGUGUUAAAGAAACUGAAGGUGACCCACUACCGCUUCUCCAUAUCCUGGCCCAGAGUGCUCCCUGAUGGCACCAACAACCACAUCAAUGAAGCUGGACUGAACUACUAUCAUAGGUUACUGGAUGCAUUGGAAGCUGCCAAUAUUCAGCCUCAGGUGACCCUGUACCACUGGGACCUUCCGCUGGCUCUGCAGAGAGUCGGGGGCUGGGAGAACGAAACCAUUGUUGAGAGAUUCAGAGAUUAUGCAGAGGUUUUAUUCAGCCGAUUAGGAACCAAAGUGAAGUUCUGGAUCACUCUAAACGAACCCUACAUUGUAGCCAACCUUGGCUAUGGAUAUGGUACCUUUGCUCCAGGAAUUAUUGGCAAGCAGUACAUUGCAGCUCACAACCUGAUCAAGGCCCAUGCUGAGGCUUGGCACCUUUACAACGACAACUUCAGAGCAAAACAGGGCGGCAUGAUCUCCAUCACCAUUAAUUCUGAUUGGGCAGAGCCAAAGAACCCAUACAAGCAAGAGGACGUGGAUGCAGCCAGACGCUACUUACAAUUUUUCAUCGGCUGGUUUGCCAAUCCCAUCUUCAUUGGUGAUUAUCCUGAAAUAAUGAAAACAAUCAUUCGUGACAGAAGUCUUGCAGCAGGUCUUUCUAAGUCACGGCUUCCUGAGUUCACUCCUGAGGAAAUCCAGAGGAUCAAAGGGACUCAUGAUUACUUUGGCUUAAACCACUACUGCACAGUUCUGUCAUACCCCGUAGAUUUGGGAAACCAGCAGGAUUAUGAAGGUGACAGGGGCACUGGGACCACCCACGACCGCACCUGGAUCGAGUCAGGCUCCUUCUGGCUUAAGAUCACUCCAUUUGGAUUUAGGAAACUCCUGGCGUUUAUCAAGAAUGAGUACGGAAACCCACCGGUGUAUGUGACAGAGAAUGGCAUCUCAGAACGAGGAGCAGUCGACCUGAAUGACAUCCACAGGAAGCAUUACUAUGAGCAGUACAUUAACCAAGCUCUGAAAGCACUAGUUUUAGAUGGAGUAGACCUGAAAGGAUACACAGCCUGGUCUUUGAUGGACAACUUUGAGUGGGCUGCUGGUUAUUCGGAGCGGUUUGGGCUUUUCUAUGUGAACCGCUCUGAUCCAAACCUUCCUCGCAUCCCUAAAAACUCAGCCUCUCGCUACGCCUCCAUCAUCACCUGCAAUGGUUUCCCAGACCCGGCUCUUGGGCCCCAUGAUUGUCUGAACCCUGAAGCUACGAGCGCCCCGAUGACAACCACACCAGAGGGCCCUUCACCAACAACUAUCCAUAUUAAGACAACACCAGAGGGCCCUUCAAAGACAACCUCUCAUCCUAAGACCACACUAGAAGUCACUUUACCAACAGCUCCCCCUACUCUGCCGGCAUUUGAGGUGGGAUUUUUGGGUCUGGAGCUUUCCCCUUAUGAUGCUGAAGUGGCUCUUAAUGUCCUCUUUUCAUUUCUUCUUUUGGCUGUAUUUUUUAUCCUCUGUGUUUUUUAUGUGCUCAGGAAAACAAAGAAACAGUUAAAGAAAGCAGCAGUGGAGUCUGUAAAGAUGCAGAGAUUCUGAUGAUAGUUUAAGAGGGGAGGGAAAUCUUAAUAACUAGUCAUGUUUUUGGCAGCUUUAAACCCAAUACAUAUUGAAUUUUACAACAAUAAAGUAUCAGAUGUACCAAGGUUUGGGGGAAAUUCACUUAUAUUUAAAUCUAAACAA